UGUCGCUCAGUUGUUGCAUACUUCUCGGCGUGUUCGUUCGCCGCGUACCAUAAAAAGACAAUUGUAAAAAAAUAAGUAGCUCACAAAGAGCUGUUAGAAUACCACAAGGCACACAGUUGAAAUUUUAAAUUUUAACGAUUCAAAAUUCACCUGCCUAAAAGCACGCAACAGAAAUUCUUUACCAUGCUUAAUCAGCAACUGUUAGUGGUGCUGUUACUAACAGCUGCCGUAGUUGCAAGCAGCGAUGUUGAAGCCGAGGCGGAGGACGUUGACGCUAGCACCUUUAGCACUUCAGCGCCUGGAGCAGAGCCACAACCACGAAAUAUGGUAAAGCGAGCCCCUAAUUUAAGCUUUAUUGGCAUGAGAGGUAAAAAGGAACAGGAGCCAUCGGCAGAUGACAAUUGGUUAGGCCCCGAUCCCUUGGACUACACCGAAGAUGAUGCGGGCAACUUUUACAAUGAAAACAUGCGUAGACUAAAGAAAGCUCCAUUAGCCUUUGUUGGCUUGCGCGGUAAGAAAUUUACCCCAAAUAACAACCGCCUGCAUGAUUUACUGCAGCAGAUGGAGGAGGACAGACUGCGGGAGAAUCUGCUUCAGGAUUUCCUUGAGCAUCUUGCAACUGAUGGUAAUGAUGUGGCGAAGCGUGCGCCUACCGGAUUUACUGGUAUGCGGGGCAAGCGUCCAUCGAUAGCUGAGUACGAUGCUGUUGAGAAUGGGGAAGAUGCAAUGGAGCUGCUUGCAAAAAGAGCACCUGUCAACUCGUUUGUAGGCGUGCGAGGUAAAAAGGAUGUCUCACAUCAACAUUACAAGCGGGCGGCUUUGUCAGAGUUGUGGCGCAAAAUCUUUAAAAAGGCAUAUGAUGUGCGUGGAAAGAAGCAACGUUACGCGGACUUUAACAGUAAAUUUGUAGCUGUGCGUGGCAAGAAAAGCAAUGUAGAGGAUGAAGCCGGCCUAGAACCGAAUGCAAUGCGGCCAUGGGUCUAUCUAAUUGGCGGCAAAAGGGCGCCAAGCGGCUUCCUUGGCAUGAGGGGUAAACGUCCCGCGCUUGCAGAGUAAGCGGAACUGGUGGCACAGAUUGGCGAGCGCUUUCCUCAUUUAGUUUUGACGAAUGACACACGGAAGUUCCUUUUUAACUAGGCAAAGCAAAUGUUAUAAAUAAUCACUGGGCUGGAGAUUAUUUAAAACAUAAGCACACACACACAACCCACACACACAGAAAAGAUUUAGUCUAUUUCGUUUUAAUGUAAAAUUAACGAAACGUAAGGCGAUGUAAAUCUAAUUAAAAUCGCAUUUUAGCCCCAUGUGGUACAUGAAAUAAAUCAUUCGCAUAUCUA